GCGGCUGGUGUGCUAUUGUGUGGUUGCCCAGAGAUCAAACAGGAGAUCAUUAUUGGCUUCAAGGGAAAAGCAAGAAAUCAAGUCUCCCUCUCAUCCCGUCUUAUCUGUUUACCAUCCCCCUGCUGUCUUUUCUCUUUGUGAUGAUUUAAGUUUCCAUUGUUGUGCUGCGAUUUUUUUUGCGGGUAUGUGCUGCGAUUGUUUGUGGGUAAUUUGAUAACCCAAUGGUUAAACGUGGCUAUCUCUGAUCCUUGGUUAUGGCAGAUUGUUUGCAUAUAUAUCAUGUAUGAACGAAUUUAGUUAGGGUUCUUAUUCAAUCUGUACUUUUUGAGCUUUCACGUGUGCAAUAGUUUGAUGCUAAUAUUGCCUACCUGGUGCUAUAAUUGAUCUGUCUCAUAAAUCAUUGGUUAAUUGGUGGAACAGUAUGGUGAAAGUGUAACAAAGAACAGAGAUCACUAUACACUGAGUGCAUAGGUGGUUCUUAGGAGCUGCUCUGUCAUAUAUGAAUGUGUGGGUAGAAUGCCACAUGGCAAGCUGGGAAUUGCUGAUGGGGCAAUUAGCAUUAGUGAGAAGGAAACAAUUAAGACAAGGAAGAGGUGUGCACAACCGAAUACUACUGCUAGAGAGAAGCGGCUUGAAAGGGAGAAUAAAGAGCUCCGAAAGGAAAAUGAUCGUUAUCAGGAGCUUCAACGUGUUGUGCGGGCUCUGGCUGCUAAAGGGGGAAUGGAUUAUGAUGCAUUAGCUAAGGAAACUGUACCUAACUUGGAUGCUGAAUUUGAGGAUGCAGUCUCACAGGAGCAUGAUGGAAUUGGUCAUGAUAUAUCUGGACAGGAAAACAUUGAUAGAAUAGACUGCCGUGAUGAGGACAAUGAAGGAUACAAUGAUAAUGAUGAAGGAUACAACGUUGAUGAUGAAGGAUACAACGAUGAUGAUGAAGGAUACAUGGACAAUGAAGAUGACGAGAAUUAUCGCAACUAUGGUAGGGACAGUGAUGAUGAGGAUUACAACCUUUGGUGACGAGGACAUACUUUUCUUUUCCUCGCUGGAGAUCAUAUGCCGCAAAUGAAAGCUGGUGUUGCACUUUGGAGUUGGAUGACGUUGUGGGCCUUAAGCCAUAUUGAUAGUAGUAUCUUAGUCAAGUAUUUUUAUUAUUUACAUUAGUAACUUAUCGAAUUA